AUGGAUCUCAACCUUUCAAUUAUCAAUGACUUUUCUGAUAACCUUCAGAGCGACACUUCGGAGCUUGUGGAAUUCACUAAACCAAAAUGUACUGGGGUUCAGGGUGAGGUCUUGCGUUUAUGGCGAUCUGAUUCCGACUUGUUUUUGGAGGAAUUCCUCUACCUGGAGGGUCGAGGUGACUAUUCACAAGACAUUUGUGUUUGCGGUGAGGAAGCAGCAACAUAUCGUUGUCAGGAUUGUCAUGGUUGCGAAUUAUUUUGUCAUUUGUGCAUGAUCCGCAUACAUGACAGACAUCUGCUUCAUAGAAUGGAGCGAUGGGAUGGUAUCUCAUUUUACAGCAUUACCUUGAAGUCCAUGGGGAUCCAUCUACAACUUGGACAUGCUUCUGGUGUUCAGUGCAUCAACCCACUCCCUGCUCACAACGGCGACUUUGUUAUCAUCGACUACAACGGCAUCUACAAAGUAGGGUUAGAUUUUUGUGGAUGUGCACAUGCCGAACUGCACAUAAUUCAACUACUACAUGUUCGCCUCUUUCCUGCCACAACAGUCGAUCCAAAAACAGCUGCAACAUUUCAGGCACUGGAAUACUUUCAGAUGCUGUCUUUUGAGUCCAAAGUCUCCGCAUUUGAAUUCUACAAAACAGCUGCUCGUUUGAUGGACAGUACUGGAAUUCAUAUACCAAAGGAUCGUUACGAGGCAUUGUUACGCAUGAUGCGAGAGUGGCGCUUCAUCAAGCAGAUGAAACGUGCUGGUCAAGGUCAUCACCCUGAUGGUAUUGGUGCAACUAAACCAGGUGCCUGCACUAUUUUGUGUCCUGUGUGUCCCCAUGCAGGCAAAAACUUACCAGAUGGAUGGGAAAAUGCACCAUCCGAAAUAUGUCCCAGAUUUUUAUAUGCCUUAUUCCUUGCCAUCGACACCAAUUUCUGUCUCGCUUGCCGUAAUGUCUCUUCGGACAUUGUUGAUCCGGGUCUCAAUCGUGGAUAUGCGUUUUUUGUGGAGGAACAUGCAUAUAAAGAUUUCAUUGGUUCACGCGAGCGAGUCGUCCAGGAGUUGAGUUCAUGCUCCAGUCACAACACAGUCAACCUUGCAGAUUCGAGAGUCUCACAUGGCCUUGCAGCCACUGGUGCCAGUACUAUUGAUUGCGCAAGACACAAUUUCAAACAGCCCUGCUCAGUCGGUGACCUACAGAAGGGCGAAAGGUACCUUAACAUGGAUUAUUUAUUCUUCUCGAGCAUGCAGUCUUCAUCGGAGAUAUCGACAUUGAACAUCUCAUACGAUAUUGCUUGUCAAUGGAGCAAACAUCUCUGGACACGAAUGUCCGCCUUCCCACACCAGUACCACAUCAAGCACGACCAAAAGUCAAUCACAUUUCUCAUACCGAAAUUCCACCUGCCGGCCCAUGUGGCCAAAUGUCAGUCAAACUUUUCCUUCAAUUUCAUCAAGGGCGUUGGUCGCACGGACGGUGAAGCUCCCGAGCGUGGCUGGGCCGACAUAAACCCCAUCGCGACAAGCACACGCAAAAUGGGUCCCGGUUCGAGGCGCAACACCUUAGAUGACCACUUCAAUGACUGGAACUGGAAGAAGAUCUGUGCAAUGGGUUUGAUUUUCCGCCGAAAGUACAACUUUGCAUUAAUUGAGGUGCAAGAACGCGUCGACGAUCUCAUUAAUUUUGAAGCUUCCCUAGCUGCAGAUAAGUUAGUUGAAUGGAGGAGGGACAUCAAAGCAUGGGAGGCAGACCGUUCACAACCGAACCCGUUUGAAGGCAGAGCUAUGACUACAAUGACUCAGGCUGCUGUGUGCCUAGCCUUAUCGAUGGCUGAGGCUGCAGAGAUUGAGCGUGGCAACAACAUGUCCCUACACGAUGAUAUAUCACCCUCUGUGUUAAUUUCGUCGGGAUUAGAACUCGAAGAUCAGCAGCGCCGUCUUGGCUUUGAUGCCAAGGCGAUUAAACACCACACUACAGAUGUCCAGAAGGGCAAGAUCUUACAGCGCAUGAAUGCUCUUCGCCGACGCAUUGACACCUGGGCCCGGGUGCAGGUGUUGUAUAUGCCUAGUGUCUCCCGCCUGCAGUCACCAGAUGACAUUGCCACUGAAACGAAGGCCCACAACAUCAGCCUUUUUCUGCUGUCCUCUCUGCCCCAGCGAGUGCCAUGUGACGAUCGCUUGCUCAAACAUGAAUGGGAAUUGCGUGAAGCUCAGGCAUACGACAUGCUGAAUGACCUCCGCACCGUGCUUAACCUGCGAUACCACCUUUACAAGUAUAAGGACACCUUUAUUCGGGGACAGCGAGCAAAUACCCGAGCAAACGGAAUCAUCAACAAUGCUGAACAUCGCAUUGACACCUUAUCACUUAAGUAUUCUACUGCUAGAGAUGCACUUGUGAAUCUGGCAGCAAGGCUAGGUAAGACUGAUGACUGGGAGAGGAGCCUCAAGCCACUCAACAAGCAAAGGGAUGCCGUCCCACUCAAACACAACAAUGGCCGAAUGGUGGGACAACAAAGUAUAUCAUGGAUCUGGAGGACUUCGGGCUUUAACAGCAACGAGCUAGGGCUACAGGACUUGCUACAUGUUGAAUGGUGUAAGGCGCGAGCACGAGCUCAUCGCUGGGAGGAAGAAGUGCAACUACUAUGGGAGGAAAUGUGCUGCAUCGUUGCAUUUCUUGACUGGCAGGCAGGCUGGUGGGACAUGCAAGGUCCGCGGCAUGCUUUUAACUCACUGCAGGCUGGAGAGGGUGCUCUUGCUUAUGUGCAGCGCCAGGCUAAUCUACGUCGACAGAUGGUCAUACACAUCAAAUCCGUGUGGGCAGCCAACCCUUCAUGGCAAGAAGCUCCCCUUCUUGCAGUCCAUCUUCGUUCCGAGUUGCCAAUGCCAAACUCCCAUUCCCCUGUCUGUUGA